UGAUCUUUAUAAAUAUUGGAGCAGACCGAAUUGAUCAUGAGCUUCUACAAGUACCUGUUUAAGAUCCUCGUUCUGGGUGACAGUGGUGUGGGCAAGUCCUGCCUGCUGAUGCGUUUCUCGGAUGACCGAUUCACCGGGAAGUACCUGUGCACGGUGGGCGUGGAUUUCAAGGUGCGCAGCGUGGAGGUGGCCGGUCAGCCGGUGAAGCUGCAGCUAUGGGACACUGCCGGCGAGGAGCGCUUCAAGUCAAUGCUGCCGGCCUAUUAUCGCGGUGCCCAUGGCAUUCUGCUUGUCUAUGACACAACAUCGGCCAAAAGUUUCCGGAGCAUCGAUGGCUGGCUGGAGGAGAUCCAGCUCAAGUGUCCGGAUGGGGUGAACGUCCUGCUGGUGGGCAAUAAGUGUGAUGAUCUGCAACAUCGCCAGGUGAGCCUGGAGCAGGGCGUCCACUAUGCCGAUCGUCGGGCACUUGGCUUCCGAGAGGUUUCCGCCAAGAGUGGCGCGAAUGUAAAUUACGUAUUCGCCGCGUUGGCAGUUGACAUAUACAAUCGCCUUGUGGCUUGUGUACCGAAUCGCUUGUCAGCUGGGCAGGAUGAAAAGGAUGAAGCGGAGGACAAUGCGAAGCUAGCGGUUGAACAUAUUAAUCUAGUUGGCAAGAAUCGGCUAAGGGCCAGAAAUAACGAAUCCUGUUGUUGA